AUGGCCUUACCUCUGCCGCCACUUUGUGGCGACCAUGAGAGCUUUGAGGCUUGCUCCCACUCUUGCUGCGGGUGGUGCAAUAGCACGAACCAGUGCAUCACUUCGCUGGCCUUUCUACGAAGAUGCAGCGACUAUGUGCAGACGGAAUCCAUGAAGGACGCCUGCUUCAAGUGGCAGACGGAUUUCUGGGCGUCCAUGAAAUGGAUCCUUCAUGGACUGCUCUGGCUUGGGCUCGGCCUGCUUGGCUUGAGCUUCUUGUUCUGGUUCUUCACUGGCUUUGCUUGGGCCUGUGUGUGGGGCCGAAACCAAAUACUGGAAGCACGCCGUGCGGCAGCGAGACGACGAAGGGAGGCUGCUUCGCGGGUAGUGCUGGGGUGCGUCCGCAGCUGCUCGGCUGCAGCCUCAGCGUUGAGGGUUCGUCGUGUUUGGAAGGACGUUUAA